AUGGUAUAGACUAUCGCGUUCUGUACAUUUUCAAUAAUUAAAUAACAUAAAAUAACUCAGAGCUGACCAUAUUCGCCAUGAAGCAAUACAGAGUUGAUAUUUGAUAUGUACGUACGUACACAUUUGAAUGAAUAGGGUAUAAUUUGAUUGCGCCAAAGUUCGCAACGAUACAGUUUUCCUGCGUUCGCAAUUAUACACGAGACACUCUUGUUAACUGUCGCAUGGUCAUUCAACUGUACCGUAAAAUGUAGACAUUGGGUAAUCGAAAGUUAAGUUACUAAUUAUGCAGUAUGGUACAUGAGUUGAAAAAUAUUCACUAUAAUUGCUUGGAGUGUAUGCGCAAUUCAAAGAGUGGAUCAACUUGUUUCUUAUAAAUUAUUAUGCUUUUCUGAUAUAAAAGAUUAAUAUAAUACAGUCACCCUUUCAUUCGUCUUUCUUUUGUAUUUAUGAUACUUUCUGCCCCGUAUCAGCUGAAGCUGAAUCCAUCAAUCAGCAAUGAAUAAUUUAAAAUCGUUCAAGAUAGUUAGAAAAUUUUGCUAAUAAAGUUUUUAUAUUAUUUUUUGAUUAUUUGAUGUCAACGUGCCGUAUUAUCUGUGUACAUAGGGGUCAUUAUAUGCAACUUGCAUAGUGAAACUGAUCUUCCAAUUGUUUACGUGGACAAAUAUGAUUUAAAGAAAUACGGGUCUGAUUAAUCAAUCAAUAGGAUCAUAAUAUAUGUAUACCUACUCGGGCAUAGUUUAUUGCACUUAAUUGAUUAGUCAGAUAAGUUUAAAAAACGUUCACAGCAGUUUAUGUACUUUGAAAGAAAUACGUUGUGCUACGUAGAAAUACGUAUAAGAAAAUUGAAGAAAAAAACAUGAUACUUCAGUAAGCGGAUGAAUUUGUAAAAUAAAUUUAUGAUACUUACCUUGUCCAUUGAUUAUCACUUCGUACAUAUGUGUACAUCUAAUCACUUCUUCACAUCUGUACAAUUCCGGUUUAACGAAGAACAAAAUCAUUGAGAUGCUCGGGAAUAUUAUUCCUGCAGAUUUACAUGAUUACAUUUAUCUAUACGGCAAAUGUAUUAUCCACGCGUUCUUUUCUGUCUGCUAAUUUUUGCCAUUGUGAUCUUUUCCUUUUCAUAUUUGUGCUUGCAAGUUUUUUCCAUUGUAAGCCGUUCAUAAAAAAAACUCGAUGCCCGUCAAUAACAGUCUCAUCCAAUUUUUCUGUUCUUAUUUUUUCAGCUGCAUAUAUUGCUGCUAUUUACUGUUUGCAGCUGUUCCGAAUACGGUGCGUGUUACAAUAACGUUUCGACUUCGUCAUAACUUGUAAAACCUCGCAUAGUAAUUCAUGCAUCACUUUCGUGGCAAAUCAUCGCAGAAAAAUUCAAUGCAGAUUUUUUUUUGCUACUUGCCGGGUUGAGAUUACUCAAUUUCAUAAAAUGUCAGGGAUGCUUGUGGUUUAGUUCAGAAUGAUCUUAAAAUCAUUUUUAUUUCUGUUAUUUUGCAUUUCCGAUUGCAAAUAACGAAUCGUUCUUCGAACCCCGGAUUGCCUUGACCCUGUCGCUUGAAAAACAUUAGGCGGAUGAUUGUCAAUACUAUUUCAUUGCUUAAUACCUGAGCAGCUGAUGUUGAUUCUACGAAACACGAUUCAUUAAUCUAAUCGUAGCCUAUACUGAUCCCUGAGAAUGAUGUUCCUGUAGGAUAUAAUUUUACCUCCAAUCAGUGAAUCGUUUAUCAAGUUGAUCAGACACUUGUUCGAAGUCGAUAAUUUUCAGAAAAGAAUGAUGUACCCCUAUUAAAUUGUUAUACCUAUAAAAUUGCUCGAUGCGAACAGUUUUCAUCCUCUUCGGUUGAUCAUUCCAUCGCAAGGCCAACCAUAUCUUACACCUGCGUGAAACUCACCGCUAGAAGCAAAUAAUUCAAGGUGUUUCAAUAGCGUCUGCAAUCUACUAUCAUUUCACUGCAGAUCAAUUCUAGCACAGUCGUUCGCAGAAAAUUCUCUUAGCCGGGUGCGUUUGGAUUUCGUGCGCUCAGAUCCCUCGGUCAAUAUUCGAUGGUUUCCCAGCAUUCUAUGAAGGAGGGAAAGCACGAUUCUAAAAUUACCAUUUAUUGUAAUUAUCAAGAUAUAUGAACGCUCGUUACAAGUUGGACGCAAAUUUAUGAGAAACAAGUACCAAUAUUUUGUACCUGCAGAAAUAAAAACAAGUUAUCUGAACGCGAAUUAACAAUUCAUUCAUCUGCCGCGUAAUGAAAAUAAAUGACUGCGAGAUCGAACGGUUGAGAUGGAAUUUUUACGUACCUAUUCUGUACCCUACGCUGAUUUUUCCUCGGUUCCUUUGAUAUGCAAAAUGUGAAGCCGCGGUAUCUAUAUCCAACGCAGAUCCUGCACGGAAGUUUAACAAGAAGUUGCCGCCUCUUGCAGUGCAGGGGGAGAAAAUCAGCAGACACCUGUGAUCAGCGUAUAAACCGCGAAGUGAACAUCUCGAGUUUAACAGUUGAAAUUGAAUCGGCAACUGAGCAGAACCGGCGCCCUUUGUCAAAUAUACAUGCGUACGAGAAUAUAAAAUAAACAUUGUACUCUUAUAACCGCAUAAAUAUAAAUUGUGUGCGUGCGGGGGAGGCGGAUGUAGUGCCGAGAAUAUAAUUUUUCUUACCUAUACCCAUAUCUACAAUUAUAGACUCGGGCAGGCAACUGCGGCCCAUUCAGCUCAUUCGUAGGUGCAGCAUUUUUAAAUUCAAUUUUUUUUGCCAUCAAGUUCAACUGGGCUGUAAUUUUCUAUUUCUUCACCAACAUUGCCAGAUCAUCGAUCAGCACAUAGUUCAACGUGGAGAGAACGCUGAAAAAACAUUUAUAGACAGCUAUCACUGCGACUAACUGAAAACGUAGAAUAUGCUGUACCAAUAGUGAACAAUAAUCGUAAAAAUUUAUACUAGUAGGCAAGCUAUAAUAAUAAGACGCGGAUAUACUAUGAGAUUGCACUUAAGGUAAUUUAAAAGUGUUGAUAUGACGACAUAUCUUUGUCGCAAUUAGAUCGAGUACACGAACUAAAUAAAUUGUUCUUCCAACGGUUUGGAUACGACUGAUAUAAAUUAUAAUAACAAACGACACAUUGCAUAAACGUUUUGCCAAAUUCAUAAUGACACGAUUAAACGACUGUGUGCUACUCGCCUGUAUCCUUAUCGUGCACGACGUCUCAGAGGUAACGUCCUUUGGAUUGUUGAAGGCUCUGGUAGCACCUCCGUUUCCUCGUUUCAAUCGCAUCAAGGAUGUCAGCCCUAGAGAAGCUAGAGCACUUGAUCCCUUCGCGAUCUCAGAUUUUAUGGGAUUGGUGAAACAGCACAAUUAUCCAGCCGAGGAACACAACGUUAUCACAAUCGAUGGUUACAAAUUGGUCAUGCACAGGAUACCAAGUAGUCCAAAUUCUUCUCCGGCUAGAAAGAAACCGAUAGUUUUUAUACAGCAUGGUCUCAUGGCGUCGUCCGAUUGUUGGGUAUUGAUGGGUCCUCAAAAGGAUUUCGCCUUUUUACUAGCAGACGCGGGCUAUGAUGUAUGGCUCGGUAAUUUCCGGGGAAAUACAUAUUCGAGAUCUCACACGGUUCUGAGCCCCGAAGAUCCAAAUUUCUGGCAAUUCAGUUUUCACGAAAUGGGAUAUUACGAUCUGCCAGCCAUGUGGGACUACGUUUUGGAACAAACUGGCCAGAAGACGUUGAUGUACGUCGGACAUUCAAUGGGAACGACCGCAGGUUUUAUCUUGCUUUCUCUGAGACCAGAGUACAACAAGAGAGUGAAAUUGUUCGUUGGCUUCGCCCCCGUAGCGUACUGGAGGCAUGCGUUAUUUGGUGUACAAAAAAUCGCUGUAUCGAACGCCGAUCUGAUUAUGAAAACAUUUACGGAUCGAGGGAUCUUUGAAUUGACUCCUCAGAGCAGCAUGAUGUCUCGAUUGGUUACAUCGUUGUGCAGCGACGUCGCCGUUACACAGCCGGCUUGUGCCAAAGCUAUAUUCGCAUUUUCUGGAUCCGAUUACGCGCAGCUAAACUUGACUCUCAUCCCGUACAUAUCCGGCUACUAUCCUGCCGGAAUGUCGCUUAAAACUCUGUCCCAUUACGCCCAAACGAUCAUGUCAGGUAAAUUCAAUCAAUACGAUUACGGCUACGUAUCAAAUUUUGCUCAUUACAAUCAAGAAGAGCCCCCUGCCUACGAUUUGACCAAGGUCACAGCUCCUGUCGCUUUGUUUUACGGACUAAACGACUUCAUUUCACGAGAAGAGGACGCUAAGGAACUGGUGAAGCGAUUACCGAACGUUGUUAGGUCACAGGCGGUAUCCUACCGGAAUUUUAAUCACAUUGAUUUUAUAUGGGCGAACGAAGCGAAGCAAAUCGUUUACGAUGACGUACUGGAACUGAUCCGGAGAUACAAAUAGAAUCGUCGAGACAAACAAGGAAAAAUCUACGAGGACUCUAACUCCUUGCAAAACCUUUUUUGAAUCUGUUUCCUCCUCGGUUUCCUCAUAUUGUUGGGCAAGCUCGACUCGGAUUCGUGGCUCGAAAUAUUAUAAUGUACGUAUAAUUGCGGCAUUCGAAAAGGAGAAUAACCUUUUCGUUGUCCUCUGUAGAACCAGUUUUGUUUCAUCCUUAUGGUUCGCGUAUUAAACAUGCCUCAUGGUAUAAAGCCGAAUUUCACAUUUCACGCUGAAAAAUCCGACGAAUGCGGAUAGAAUAUCUGGUAAAUUAAUACAUCCAUGAUUGGAAAUAUGCCAAAGUUUUAUUGAAAUGUAUGAUAAAUAAUUUAAGUGGAACGUACUUCCACAAAAUACGUUGUAUGUAUAUCAUGUAAUUUGCAUGUUAAAUCAGCGAAUAAUCUUGCCAUUAUUGAAAACUUGAAAACCAAAAGAAAAAUCCUUUCAAAUAAAAAAGUAAGAUAACAAAAA